AUGUGCGUGGUGUUUCUUGGCGACACUGCCCGCGGCAUCUUCUUCCCCACCCUGUGGAAGUACGUGCAGGCCAUGGGAGGCGACCGCAUCACGCUGGGGUACAGCGUGGGAGCGUUCAGCCUCGGCAGGCAAGUGGCAGUGAUGAUCUCUCCGUACUUCGGAGGCCUCUCCACGAAGCACGGCUACCGGAAGGUGCUCAUGGUGGCCAGCGGGGUCAUCGCCCUGGGAGCCCUCGCCUACGCCCUAGCCUGGACCACCGCGGCCCUGAUCGGCGCGCAGAUAAUCAUGGGGGUGGGGUCGGGGACGCUGGGGGUUACCCGCGCCUACGUCGCCGACAAGUCGACGCCGGAACAGAGGACUUACCUUCUGGCGUACACGACCGCGGUGCAAUACGCAGGGUUUACGUGCAUGCCUUUCGUAGGGGGUUUCCUAUCGUUCCUGAUCAAGGACCGCCGCAUACCCUUGCUCGGGGAAUUCCUGGUGCUAACUUCCUUCACCGCGCCGGCGUACGUGAUGAUUGUAGCGGCGUUGGUCCUCUUCGCGCUCCUGAAGCUCGUGUUCGAGGACUCCAUCCCCAAUGGCAAGCCGACCAAGACGAGCAAGCAGGUCAAGGUUUCGACGAAGAAGAGCACGCCGCUGGUCAAGACGGAGGCGGAGAUGGCCUACAGCAGCGGCUCCGCGGCCAAGUACCUCAUGGGGGCUCCGUCUGAUGUCUCUCUCGCCAGGUCUGGGUGGAUGAGCGACAGCGACACCGACGACCAGUGGCCCCCGGCUGAGCUGGGCGCGAGGAACGGCAGCAGCGGGCCCGGCCUGUUCGUGGACUCGGACGACGAAGACGAGACGCGGCGGCUGUCGGCCGUGUCGGCGACAACAACACCAACACCGUCGACGGCGGCGGUAAGAGAUUCCGAGCUGGGAUUGCUGGCGACUCCCAGCGGCAACAACAGCAACGGGUACGGUAGCGUUCCCGCCGCAAAAGAGGGUGCGGCGGGAGAGGGGGGGGAGGAGGAGGAGUUGCGGAGAGAAGAGCGGUGGUGGUGCCGGGCGCCGACCGCCUCGGAAGUGCUCAUCUACGGGGGUUUCCUGCUGAACAUGAGCACCAAGGGCACCAUCGCCUGCUUCGAGACCCUUGGAGCGGAGUACGCCAUGACGCACUUCGGCAUGACAAGCGCGGAAGCAGGGUCGAUUUUCGCGACCUUCGGGUCGAUUGGUGUGGUGUCGUUGCUGUCGAUGCGGUUGAUCUGCCGCUACUUGAACGACGUGCAGAUCGUCCUGGGAGGCAUGGGGGUGAUGAUCGUGGCGUGCCUCAUGUUCGUGCGAAGCCCGGAGGGGGCGUCGGGUCUCCCUCUCUUCUUGUGGGCGGUUUUCCUAAUGUACUCGGUGGGCUACCCCAUCGGACACACGGCGGUGUUGGGUCUGUUUUCGAAGGUUGUCGGGGCGCAGCCGCAGGGAGCCCUGCUGGGGUGGUUCGGAUCUGCCGGGUCCCUGGCUAGAAUCGGCUUCCCGGUUGUCGCCGGCGUGAUAUCGCAGGAGCUAGGCACGUCGAAGCUCUUCAUGGUUCUGGUGGGGACCUUGUCCAUCACCGCGGCCAUCCUAUUCGCCUUCCGAAGGCGCUACCUGGACUGCGUAGACAUCACCAAGCGGAAAUCCCUGUCUCGACAGGCCGCCGCCGCCGCCGCCGCCGCCACCGCCGCCGCACCCGGCGGCGGCGGCGGUAGCGGGUCGUCGGAGUAACAAGGGGAACCAAUCGGCGCCAUACGUUUCUUGGCGACCUGGGCAUGAGAAAGCCUCUUUGCAAGAUGGGGGUGUAUUUGCUAGGCUGGGGUGGAGGGGGGGGCAGGAGUCGGAGCCUUGGCUAAUGUCGAGCUGGCGGCGGAAACGGGAGAGUGGUUCCUUGAAAACGGGGGGAAGAUGGAGUUUAGCGCGUAUGGGUGAAGUACAAUGGCGUUGGUGUGGUGUUUCUUCCCGCGUACGACCCCGGCGUCGCCAACGGGGGAUGUAGGGGGUGGGUCUUGCAGGCUGGUUUUUGAGGCUGGUGUCCAAAUUUUGUCUUGGAAUGGGAGGAGGUUGAGCGCGGGUAUGUUCCACAGUAAGUGGGAUGAGAAGUUGUCUUGGGGUAUGGGGGGAGCGGUGUACUUUUCGGUACUUUUUUUGCGAGAAACCCGUGGGUGCUACAGUAGGUGGACUACAAGGAUGGUGUACAUGGUACUAAUUUUAAAACAGCGGCCAUUAUUUUGGUGCAACGAGAGAUAGCAGCGGUUGUUGAAUAGGGUGAAGAUAUAGCACCAAGCGUUCGGGUUUAUUUACAGCGUGUAUUUUUUGUUAAUUUUAAUUUGUGUCGCGCGGGCG